UCAAAUUCGCAGAUCCAUUGGCCUGUUUUGCCAUUCCCAUUUGAUUUUAUUCAAAAACUAUUAAAAAAAAAAAAACCCUUUCUUCGAUUUCCACCAUCCGGUUCUCGCACUCGUUCGCUGCCUCCAUCUCCUACAGGAACAAUCAGGUCCGGCGAUUUCUUCCCUUUGGCUUUGGUUUACAUCAAGAUUAUAUCGUAUAGCGAGUGUUUCCGGGUUUGCGAUUUGGUUUAGAAGGUAUCGCAUAAAUUAGAUAUGGAGAUUUCGGAAGUGAAGAAUGCAGAUUCUUCGCAAUGCGUGCGAGUCGCAGUUAACAUUCGGCCUUUGAUUACAUCCGAGCUCCUACUCGGCUGUACGGAUUGCAUUUCCGUCGUUCCCGGCGAACCUCAGGUGCAAAUCGGGUCCCAUUCAUUCACCUAUGAUUAUGUUUAUGGCGGCAUGGGCUCGCCUUGUUCUGCUCUCUACGAUGAUUGUGUUGCUCCUCUUGUUGAUGCGCUAUUCCAUGGAUACAAUGCCACAGUUCUUGCAUAUGGCCAGACGGGGUCUGGGAAAACGUACACGAUGGGGACUAACUACACGGGGGAAGGAAGUAAUGGUGGAAUUAUACCUAAAGUAAUGGAAAGUAUAUUCAGAAGGGUUGAGGCGAUGAAAGAUUCCUCGGAAUUUUUGAUCAGAGUAUCAUUCAUUGAGAUAUUCAAGGAAGAAGUGUUUGAUUUGCUUGACCCUAAUUCAUCGGUUUUCUCUAAAGCCGAAGGGGCAUCUUUUCUGAAGCCUACAAUGCUUGCAAGAGUUCCCAUACAGAUAAGAGAAACGGUGAAUGGAGGAAUCACUCUUGCUGGUGUGACUGAGGCGGAAGUUAUGACAAAAGAAGAGAUGGCGACACAUCUAUCUCGAGGUUCUCAUUCUCGUGCCACUGGGAGUACAAAUAUGAAUAGUCAAUCAAGUCGUUCACAUGCUAUCUUUACAAUUACAAUGGAACAAAAAAAAAUUUCUCAAUGCCUGGCUGGAGCUAUAAAUGACGACCUUGGUGAUGAUAUCUUAUGUGCAAAAUUACAUUUAGUCGAUCUUGCUGGUUCUGAACGUGCAAAAAGAACAGGUGCAGAUGGAAUGCGUUUCAAAGAAGGCAUACAUAUCAAUAAAGGUCUACUAGCUCUUGGCAAUGUGAUAAGUGCUUUGGGAGAUGAGAAAAAGAGGAAAGAAGGAGGUCAUGUUCCAUAUCGUGAUAGCAAGUUAACGCGAUUGUUACAGGAUUCUCUUGGAGGGAACAGCAAAACAGUCAUGAUUGCUUGUGUCAGUCCUGCUGAUACAAAUGCUGAGGAAACCCUAAACACUUUGAAGUAUGCAAAUCGUGCUCGUAACAUUCAGAACAAGGCAGUUAUCAACCGCGAUCCAAUGGCAGCUCAGGUGCAGAGAAUGAGGAGCCAAAUUGAGCAGUUGCAGGGUGAGCUUCUAUUUUAUCGUGGGGAUGCCAGCUCACCAUUCGAGGAACUCCAGAUUCUCAAACACAAAAUAUCUUUACUUGAAGCAAGCAAUGCAGAGCUACAGCGGGAGCUUCAAGCACGUCGAGUUACUUGUGAGCAUUUAACACAACGUGCUCUUGAUGCUCAGGUUGAAAAAGACAAGCUGAUUGUCAAAAUUGAAUCAGCUCGAAAUGGUAAAACUUGGGAUGAGAUUGAUUCCAGUUCAAAUCAGGAUUUUGACUUGAUAAAAAAUUAUGUGACAAAAAUUCAAGAUUUAGAGGGAGAGCUAUUGCGCAUCAAAAGAAGCUCAAACGACUCAAAAAGCAGCCGAUUUGUUGAUUGUAUUGACUUAGAUGAUGAUGGAUUUUGCUCAAAAAAAGCAUUAUUUCCAUGCACUAAUGAGUAUGCAUCAGAUUUUGACACAAAAGCUGUGGAUCUUUCAGUUGAGAUUGAGGAUGAUGACAAGGAGCUAGAACAUUCAUCUAUUCAAGAAAAACUGGACAUGGAACUCAAAGAAUUAGACAAAAAACUUGAGCAGAAAGAGGCUGAAAUGAAGCGGUUUGCAAAUGUCGAUACUUCGGUUCUUAAACAACAUUACGAAAAGAAGGUUCAGGAGCUAGAACACGAGAAGAAAUCUUUGCUGAAAGAGAUUGAGGAACUGAGACACAAUCUUGCAAAUAUUUCAUCGACUUCUGAUGAUGGUGCUCAAAAGUUGAAGGAAGAUUAUCUUCAAAAGUUGAAUAUCCUGGAGUCACAGGUUUCAGAUUUGAAGAAGAAACAAGAUGCUCAAGCUCAACUUUUGAGACAAAAACAAAAAAGUGAUGAGGCAGCAAAACGACUACAAGAUGAGAUCCAGAGAAUAAAGUCUCAAAAGGUUCAACUGCAACAUAAGAUUAAGCAAGAGUCCGAGCAGUUUAGGUUAUGGAAAGCAUCCCGAGAGAAAGAAGUUCUUCAGCUUAAGAAAGAGGGGAGAAGGAAUGAGUAUGAGAUGCAUAAGCUAAUGGCUCUGAAUCAAAGGCAAAAAAUGGUUUUGCAUCGAAAAACAGAAGAAGCUUCUUUGGCUACAAAAAGGCUAAAGGAACUUCUAGAAUCUCGAAAGGCUUCCUCACGCGAAACUUCCAGUGCUGGAAAUGGCAAUGGUCCUGGAAUUCAGGCCCUGAUGCAGGCAAUUGAACAUGAGCUUGAAGUCACCGUGCGGGUACAUGAAGUACGUGCUGAGUAUGAGCGUCAAAUGGAAGAGAGGGCUAUGAUGGCCAAGGAGCUUGCAAGACUGAAGGAAGAAGCAUACUUGUUCAAGCAAUCAAAUAUGAGAGAGGGCACUGAGACACUGUCUCCGGGAGCAAGAAAUUCAAGGAUUUUUGCCCUUGAAAACAUGCUGGCUACUUCAUCUAGCACCCUGGUUUCGAUGGCAUCACAGUUGUCAGAAGCUGAAGAGCGUGAACGAGGUUUUAGCGGCAGGGGUCGUUGGAACCAAGUCCGGUCGCUAGCUGAUGCCAAAAAUAUAAUGAAUUAUUUGUUCAAUUUAGCAUCCUCCUCUAGGUGCUUGGUACGAGAUAAAGUAGUUGCCUGCAGAGAGAAGGAUUUAGAGAUAAGAGAUUUGAAGGAAAAGAUAGUGAAGCUCAGUAGCUACGGCAGGCAGUUGGAGAUGCAAAAAACAGAACUUAUACAACAGGUGAAGUCACAGAAUUCAGCGUUGAAGAAAUAUUCCACGAGAAAUGCGGCAGACUACAGUAUGCAGGACCUAAAUAAUGGAGGACAUAAGUAUGACUUGCGCAAGCAGGAUCAGAGGAGCUCCAUUUUCUUAUUGGAGGACAUGGAUACAUCUGAGUCAGAACAUUCGGAUGGAGAAAGAACUGAUGACGAAUGGGUAGCGCCAGAUAAUAAGCGCCUGGGUAGGAAACGGAACUCUAAAAACGGAGGUCGUUCAAGCGUAACAUCUGAUCAAUCUGAUCCCAAUGAUUCAGAAAGCUUGAAAUUAGGUCGUUCAGGUGAGGGAAUUACUGAUGGAACUGCUAGUGCUAAUACCCCAUCAGGUGCAUGCUGCUCUUGUAGUAAAAACUCUUCAUGUAAAACAACGAAAUGCCCAUGCCGAGCUGCUGGGGGUAGUUGUGGGAGUACUUGCAGUUGUGUGCCCAUGAAAUGCGCCAACAGGGAAUCCGUCUUGAACAAGGACUCUGAUGAGACACCACUAUUAGAGAUUGCUGAAAGGAAUGGAAGUGGUUCAGGGUCAGAUGAAACAGAGAAGAGUCGCAUGCUUGCUUCGCAAGGUGCAAUGUUACUUCAGAGCGCUCUGGUCGAGAAGCCUGCUGAGACAAAUGAUGAUAAUGGAUCCAAAAGGAAGCCUUUAUCUGAUAUCGGAAACACAUUGGCCAAGUCAAAUGCACCAAAGCCUAAUCGGAGAAAGAAAUGGCGAAAAUCUACCAUCCUGCUUGUUUCCAAUCCUCCACCAUCCUCCCAGCCAGAAAGCGCUGAUGCCACACACAAGUCGGAUAACAAUAACAAUACUAGCGAUGUGGACAUCCCUCUCAAGUUACCCAGGGCAAUGCGAUCGGUUGCAUCGAAUAGUGGCAACCCAUUGAGAGAGAGGAAUGCCGGCAAAUCAGAUGUGUUUGUGAAUAAAGAGUCUGCUGUUCUUGCUCCACCAAGCCCUCAGAAAAGAACAUCGGAAGAGAAAGAGAACAAUGGCCUUUGACUUGGAUCGUUAUAUCUCUGUUUCUAUUGGUGAUAUUUAUACCAACAUUGUGUACUUUUUUUUUUUUUUUCCUUUUAGAUGUAUGAAAUUGCCUUGAUUCCAUGGACUACGUUUUUAGCUAAUUCGUCGAGUAACGGAUUUUGAUAUUAAACAAUCCACAAAUAUUGUGGCUAGUCAGCUUUCAUCACUUCCAGCCACCUGUUGUGGCGUAUGAUUAUGAAGUGACUUGUUCAGUUGAACAUUUGAGAAGUUGAAACGAAGAUCUA